GUUUUACUCGUUUAGGUUACAUUGGUCUGCAGGCGAGUGGUUGAAAUAAAAAUGACUGGAUUAAGUGCGAUCCCAUCUAUUUCUGAAUUGGUGAAGCGAGCCAAGGCCGAAUUCACCGCUCAAUUCCCGGGAUAUGAACCAACCGUUGUUACUUGUGCACCCGGCCGAGUAAAUUUAAUCGGAGAACAUACUGAUUACAACGAUGGAUUUGUUUUUCCAAUGGCACUGCCUUUGGUUACCAUCAUGGCGGGGUGUAUUGAUUCAUCAUCUUCCCAAAUCACCGUGGCAACCACUGCUCAAACAACGGACGAACCUAGAGUUGUUCAGUUUGAAUCUCCUAAACCUGGAUUACCCCUUACACCUGGAAAGCCAACAUGGGCGAAUUAUGUAAAAGGGGUGGUCCAAUGCUUUAAUUUGGCUUCCAUUCCUGGUUUCAAAGCUGUGUUGGUAAACAGCGUUCCAGUUGGAGGUGGAGUGUCAAGUUCUGCGUCAUUAGAAGUUGCUGUGUAUACCUUCCUUGAAGCAAUAACAGAAGUCUCUGCACCAGUUCUUCAAACCAAAGCCUUGUCUUGUCAAUCAGCUGAACACAAGUUUGCAAACAUGCCAUGCGGGAUAAUGGAUCAGUUCAUAUCCGUUAUGGGUAAAGCUGGUCAUGGCCUGCUUAUAGACUGCAGAUCCAUGGAGUCCACCCUGAUACCAAUUGAUGAUCCAGAUGUUUCUGUUCUUGUGACAAACUCAAAUGUUCGACACGAACUCACAGGAAGUGAAUAUUCUGAUAGAAGACGACAAUGUUAUGCGGCUGCUGAGAUUAUGAAAGUGAAAAGCCUCCGCAAAGCUACAAUGAAAAACUUGGAAGACCAUAAAGAUAAAAUGGAUAACAUUACAUUUCAAAGAGCAAGACAUGUGAUUGGAGAGAUAAAUCGAACGAUGGAUGCAGCUGAUGCUCUUAAACUCGGAAACUACAAAUUGUUUGGUGAACUGAUGAUAGAAAGCCAUAAUUCACUCCGAGAUGAUUAUGAAGUAAGCUGUAACGAGGUAGAUGAGUUGGUUGACAGUGCACUUGAAUGUCCUGGCGUGUACGGAAGCCGCAUGACGGGCGGUGGGUUUGGUGGAUGCACAGUCACACUCGUUAAAACUGACAAAGUGGAAGCGGUUGUCUCACAUAUGCAGGCAAAAUACUCGGGAAACGCCACUUUCUUCAUUACCAAGCCUUCUCAGGGUGCGAUGGUGAUAGAAAAGUAAUCAAAGACCCAUCAUGCUACUAUAAGGUGUACUUUAUAUAACCAGAUAUCUUCAAUUUUUUUUACAAUUGUCUUGAAGCAUGAAAUAUGAAAACAUAACUGUAUUACCAAUGUAAUUUUUAGCGCUUUAAGUUCUGAGUAUACGUUGAAUAUUUAUUUUUAUCAUAGGUAGGUGCUCACAAAAAGGUUUAGUGCAUAUUUUACAAAUUUAGGUGCUUUGUUUCCCAAAUACGUAUUUAGGCAGAAUUAUUAAGUACUUAUUUAGUAGAUUAAAAGAAUAUGCAUGUUAAUAUUUCAUUCUAUUGCAUUUGAAACGGCAUAAUGUAAAUGCACACAGCACACUGAACAACUUUUAACUAACAUACCAAUUUAUGUACUUUUAAUGCAUACGAAAUUGCAGUAAACAGUAAUUGGUGCUUUUAAAUAAACUCAAUAAACGGGAAAUGGUCGUUG